AUGAAUGAUGAUGAUAAAUUGGUGCCAUUCUAUUCAUUUUCAUCAUCAUCAUCAUCAUCAUCAUCAUCAUCAUCAUCAUCAUCAUCAUCAUCAUCAUCAUCAUCAUCAUCAUCAUCAUCAUCAUCAUCAUCAUCAUCAUCAUCAUCAUCAUCAUCAUCAUCAUCAUCAUCAUCAUCAUCAUCAUCAUCAUCAUCAUCAUCAUCAUCAUCAUCAUCAUCAUCAUCAUCAUCAUCAUCAUCAUCAUCAUCAUCAUCAUCAUCAUCAUCAUCAUCAUCAUCAUCAUCAUCAUCAUCAUCAUCAUCAUCAUCAUCAUCAUCAUCAUCAUCAUCAUCAUCAUCAUCAUCAUCAUCAUCAUCAUCAUCAUCAUCAUCAUCAUCAUCAUCAUCAUCAUCAUCAUCAUCAUCAUCAUCAUCAUCAUCCAAAUCAUCAUCCAAAUCAUCAUCCAAAUCAUCAUCCAAAUCAUCAUCCAAAUCAUCAUCCAAAUCAUCAUCAUCAUCAUCAUCAUCAUCAUCAUCAUCAUCAUCAUCAUCAUCAUCAUCAUCAUCAUCAUCAUCAUCAUCAUCAUCAUCAUCAUCAUCAUCAUCAUCUUUGUUUUUGUUAGUUGACACACCCAACUAUUUUCUAUUACUUCUUCUUCUUCUUCAAAUCAUCAGUAAAUGA